CACACAAACACACAGCAAACGCAGCUUGAGAAAUAUUUCCAAUAAAAAACCUCCAGAGGAAAUGGCCACCAACAGCUUCUGCAUGAUCAACAGAUCCCUCCUGGCCUUCUCUUUCAUUCUCCUGAUGAUUUCCGGAGCUGAAAGUACGGCAUGCGUACAAACGUGCGAUAACGCUAUCCAGGUGAAGAAGAAGGAUACCUGCAAUCAAGUUGCUGCUACUUAUGGCAUGACUCCGAACAAAUUCCUUUCUUUCAACCCAAAUUUGCCUUGCAGGCAUCUCUUCAUCGGCCAAUGGGUUUGCGUCGCAGGCACAGCGUGUUAAUCAGAUCCUAGUUAAAGCAUUGCACGUCAACAAUCGCACGCACAUCUUUUCCUUUUCCUAGUUAAAGCAUUUCAUCCUGUUGAAGCAUGCGAUUCCGGGGAUAUAUGUGUAGUGCAUGAAUGAAUAAAGAAAUUAAGU